GAGCCACCCACUCAUUAAUUUUGGCGGUACUGUUUCAAAAUGGCGUCCAAUUUUUCAGAUGAAGAAGAGAUGGAAAGAGAUCUCGUAAGUCCAAGCUUAUUGGAUGGAGUGGACGACAUACCAACACAGCCAUGUCAAAAACCAUUAGAAGGUAUUGUUGCUUUUGUCGAUGUUCGUUCGGGAUCAAAGAGCACCAUAAAUACAGGGAAUAGCCUAGAAGAGUGUCUGGAGGGAUUGGGUGCAACUGUAGUAACGAGAUUGAAUAAAGAUGUAACUCACAUUGUGUAUAAAGCUGGUAAGACCAAUUUGGAUCGUGUCAACAAGAAAGAAGUCUUCUUGGUCAAUCCAUUAUGGCUUGAUGCUUGCAAGCGUUGCAAUGAGAGGGUGUCAGAAGCAAAGUAUCCAGUGAUAUCAGAAGGGGCGGAGUCACCAGUUGUAUUAGGCAGAAUAAAGAGAAUGAAGAGCAUGCAACCGAAACCGUUUGAAGAGGAAAUAGCAAGAUCUGUUGAGAGAAAAAGGAAGAAAGGUAAGGAUCUCAAGGAAGCUUCAUCAAAGAAGAAGAUAUCACUGGCUGUGUUUGACUUUACCAGUGAUGAAGAAGAGGUCAUUGAAAUAGCUGAACAAUCAGAUGAAAGUCGAUGCUCCACACCAGACAGUCUUCCUCCAGUCAGUUUUAUUCGUACUCCUGUCACUAGUAAAAAGACUUUAACAGAAAACAACGAGAAACAAGAGACCCCAACAGUCACUGAGAGCCGGAAACCACUAGCUAAUAAGAAACCACCUACUGUAGAUAAGAAACUAACGAAGAAGAAAGAUCAGAAUGAUGUGAAGAAGAAGGAUCAAAAUGAUGUGAAGAAGAAGAAGGAUCAGAAUGAUAAGAAAGAUAAGAUGAAGGAGGCCAAGGUUAAAGUAGAGGGGAGUGAGAAUAGUUUUGUACCUGUGAAGAAGUUUAGAAGAAAGAGAUCAUCGUUUGAGAAACAAAAACCAACUCUUGUAAUGACAAGUGUUCCAACAAAGGACCAGUGUGCAGUCCACGUUGUUGUUGAUAGGUUGGGUGGUUUUGAGCUGUCACACAAUGUCUGUGAGACCACAACACACGUGGUAUGUGGUACCAUCAGACGCACCAUUAACAUACUAGCAGGGACUGUUAAAGGAUGCUGGAUACUGUCAAUGGACUGGGUUUUUAAAUCUCUGGAAGCUGGUCAUUGGUUACCCGAAGGACCUUUUGAACUAAUCACAGAAUUCCCUUCAGCACAAUUCUUUAGAUUAGAGAGGCAAAUGGCUGGUGGGCUAUACAAGCCUUCACUGUUUCUGAAAUCAGGAUCAAUCUUCAUAUCAAGUGAUACCAAACCAUCUCAUAGCGACCUUGAACUAUUACUAACAUUAUCUGGAGCAAAAAUCACAAACUCCAAACUAAAGGCAGACAUUAUCAUAGGGAGAGAGUCUUGCCCCACUGGAGGAGGAAAUGAGCUUAAAGUCCAUGUAAAGGAAUCAUGGGUAUUAGAAUCAAUCAGUAAUCAUUCACUACAGCCAAUAGAUUCAUAUAUCAUUCAAGACAGCUAAGAGAUCUCUUAUUAUGAUUCUGUUAUUUGUUAUUAAUGUUGUAUUUUAAUCAAAAAAUGUUUAAAAUCGAUAUAUAAAUGACUGUAAA